AUGAGCAACGCUACCUUCCGCGACUCGACCGUCGUUAUCAUCGAGACGAGCCGGACGUCGAUACGAGCUGGCAUUGGCCUCCACGACCUCCUCCGUCUCCCUACCGUCGACAUCCCGGCGCGGGUCGGCCUCAGACGCAACGGCGCAACACAAAAUGGGGACGAUGGUCCCUCGACCUCAAAAGCUCCUACUUCAUCGAAAGUGACCGACUACCUCGUCGGCACUCAAUUGGACGAAGCCCUUGCUGCCGGCCAAGAUAUCGCCAUCUACUGGCCGUUUGCAGAUGGACAAAUUAGCGACUUCACGCAGGCAGAGGCACUAUGGAAACACAUCCUCUUCUACCAGCUCGGCCUCCGCCGCGCACAGAUGGAGUCCCCCGUCAUGCUCUCCAUCGUCACGGGCCUCCCGCGCGACGCGUACGAGCGCAUAUGCCAGAUCUUCUUCGAGCGCUUCAACGUCGCCGGCUUCGCCAUCCUCGACCGCCCCAUGGCACAGCACUUCGCCGUCAUCUCCGGCAUGCAGCUCUCUGGGGUCGUCGUCGACAUCGACCUCGACCACAGCGACGUCACCCCGAUCGCAGACGGGUUCCCCGUGCACGUCGCGCGCACCUCGGUGCCCGUGGGCCUGAACGACUGCGUCGCGUACCUCGCGCACCUGCUGCGCGCGAACACGAGCGUGACGUCCGCGCUGUCGCCAGCGGACGCGCCGCUGGCGCCGGAGCAGCUGCAGGCGGCGCUGCUCGCGCUCGCGCGGCAGGUGUGGGCGGGGGGCCUGGUAAGGGUGCUCGCGGAGGGCGAGGCCGCGCGCGACCUCGAGGACGAGGGCGUGACGGACAUCGCGGCGAUCGUCGUCGCGGGCAAGGAGCGCGCGGUGAUCGAGAGCGGGAUGAAGCGCAAGCAGAACGCGAAGGCGCUGCCCGCGGAGCAGGCGCGCGCGAAGGAGAUGGAGGCGCUCGACUUGGUGACGAUCGAGUUUGGGGGGAAGGAGGUGACGAUUGGGAAGGAGCGCCAUCGGUUCUGCGAGCCGCUGUUUGAUCCCGGCUUGUUGGAGGGCGUGCCGGGCGUGCUGGGGAAGGAGCCGAGGGAUCUGCUGAGGCCGCUGCAGAACGCGGUGGGCGAGGCGGUGAACAAGACGGAUGUGGACCAGCGCAACUACAUCUGGCAGGGCCUGUUCGUGACCGGGGCGAUCACGAACCACAUAAAGGGUCUCGGGCUCGCGCUCUCCGCCCGGGUCUCGCCGUACAUUCUGAGCGCGCCGGAUGUGCUGAACAACGAGGUGCAGCCGCGGGGGGUGAAGACGCUGCGAGUGCCUGACUACUUCGCCGAGUAUCGGGACAAGGGCGACGGGCUGGCGGGCUUCCUCGGGACGAGCAUCGUGGCGAAGCUGUCGUUCAAUGACUCGGGAGGAAAGAGCUUCGUGUCGAAAGCGGACUACGUGAACCGCGGGCCGCGUACUGUACUGGGACAGUCUCCAUCGUUGUUGUGAAUGUAUUGUUUGUAUUUUAUAAGUUAC